AUGCCGAAAGAAUAAAAAAAAAUGCCCAAACUAGCUUACUUUUAGCUUUCAUUAUGAAGUAAAAUGAAUUUGUUUUUGUUCACAGCUAUUAACUUUUAUUGAUCUUAUAAGCAGUUUAUGGUAGUCCAGUCAUGUUCAGCUAACUAGGAAGACAUUAAGAAUGGUAAAUGCCGGGGGGUGUUGCAGAAGUGCCUCAUGUGAUACCUUCUAUUCUCAGCAUAGGCUAAAAUUAGAGCUAGACUGACAUUGCAUUGGAGUCUGAGUGAGAGUUCCAAAUGGUUUUGAUAGUACAAACAAAAUCUGUACCUUACCUAGGCUCUUGCACAGAAAGCAAUGAAUCAUGGAAAAUCUUUGAAAACCAAAUAUUUGAGGUAAGUUGUUCCAAACUCUCUCAAGUGCUUGGAGGUGAUUUGGGGGGGGAAUUACAUGGUAGUAAUUUGUGUUUAUUUUACAACUACGUUUGGGAAUUCACUUCUUAAUGGUCAGUGGCAAUGUGAUUAUUAUGUCUUAUUGUUUGUCAGGAAAAUAUCAAGAAGAUUUGACAGUAACCCUGGUAUAUAUAAUUAAGUAUCCUUGUAAGUAGAAUCAUAUAUGUAGGGCCUUUCGUACUUCAUGGUCUACAGCAGUGUUUUAGAAUUGAAUUAUAUGCUGUCCACUUUUUGCUGAGUGUAAGCUUUCACUAAAAAUAAGUACUGUUUUGAUUGUAUAGUCUGAAAUUGGCUUUAAUAGUCAUGUACGAACAAAUUUGUAGAGAUUGGAACCUUAAUGUAUCUUUUCUGUACAACAUACCUCAAAAGAUUUGUAGUUUUCUAGCUGAAAAUGUCUGAACAACAGGUAUGAUUGAUCAGGUAAAUCACUUUUUCUUGGUAGAAGACUAAGUCUGAAAAUAAGUCAAUUUAAAUCGCAAUUACUAAUUGGAGCAAAAAGCCUCAUACAGUGUUUUAGUCACUAGUGUUGCAUGUUGGGAUGAGGAAUGGAAAGGUAUUUACUAGGAGUACCACUGAAAAAGAAGUUGGUCUUUCGAAGUACAGCAGUUAAUUGUGAUCAUAUUGAUACAGGGAAGGGAAAGAUGAAAAAAUCUCCUAGUUACAGAGAAGAAAGGAUUGAAUCCCUAAAAAGGGAUUGAAUUCCCAAUUGAGUGCCAGACAGCAUUGUGCCACAUUGUGGGAUGCCUUUUGUAUCACCUGUCAAAUCCUGCCACUCUUCCUUAACAAGUAAAGAAUGGUUAAGAAUUCUUAGUAUAGCAGUAUUGGACCAGAUUAUCUCUCUCUCUCUUUUUUUUUUUUUUUUUAAUCUUUCUUUGGUGGGGGGAUGGGAGAUCAAGCUUUAUAGCAUGAUUUCAUGCUGUUUGUCAUUUAGAAGAGUAAUCAAUCUUGACAGUUUAAAAUUAGUAUUUGCUUAGCUGUACCUUUUAAAUUGAUUUCAAUACAAUCAGACUUCACAAACAACUAUUUUUAGCAAAAGACAUGGUAAACAUAAAAGGGCAAGAGAAUGAUUUUUAGGAGGGUGUACUUAUUGGGAUAACAGAGUGUCUUCGCUGCUCUUCAGAAAAUUAUGUAUUAAUUAUCUCUCUAAGGAAAAGAUGAUUUCAAAACAUUAGCCUGAUUUGAUUUGGAUCUUGACACUCAGGAGCUCUACAAGAUGGUGAGAGAGAUGUGACGAGUAUGAGAAGUCUUUUUUAAAAAGUUGGAGUCCUGUGAUUGAACCUGAACAUGUAAGAAUCAUGACUGAAACUGCUGUUUGCAUUGGAUCAUUCACUGCUGUGAAGACACUUUGGGAAGUGAGAAUACAGAAGAUAAAUGAAGAAUUACGGAAAGAAAAGGAGUUCAGAGAGAGGUCUGCAGGAAGGUUACUGCUUGUCUGGGAGGAGAAAACCACGUUAGCAAAACUCAAAGAGAAAGUAAUUAAUGAAGAUGGAAGAGCAGUUUUAAGGAUAGAGGAAGAAGAAUGGAAGACAUUGCCUUCCUGCUUAUUGAAAUUAGUCCAUCUCCAAGAAUGGCAGCUUCAUAGAACUAGCUUGCAGAAAAUUCCUCAGUUCGUUGGAAGAUUUCACAAUCUUGUUGUUCUCGAUCUAUCCCGGAAUUCAAUAGAAAGCAUACCUAAAGAAAUUGGCCAGCUGACUGGCCUCCAAGAGCUGCUUCUCAGUUACAAUAGAAUAAAGUCUGUUCCUAAGGAAAUAAGUAAUUGCAUCAGUCUGGAAAGAUUGGAACUGGCUGUCAACAGGAAUAUCUGUGAUCUUCCUCCACAGCUAAGUGAUUUAAAGAAGCUUUCACACAUAGAUUUGUGUAUGAAUCAGUUUACCACCAUCCCUUCAGCUCUUCUGAACAUGCCAAAUCUAGAAUGGUUAGAUAUGGGAGGAAAUCGACUCCAGAAGCUUCCUGAUACUAUUGACAGAAUGGAAAAUCUCCAUACUUUAUGGCUCCAAAGGAAUGAAAUUAACUCUUUGCCAGAAACCAUUGUUAAUAUGAAAAAUCUUAGUACACUUGUUCUUAGCAACAACAAACUUAAGGAUAUUCCUUCUUGUAUGACGCACAUGACAAAUCUGAGAUUUGUCAACUUCAGAGACAACCCACUGGAGUUAGAGAUAACACUCCCUCCAUGUGAGAAUACAGAGGAAGAGGAGCAACAGGAAAUGUUUGGCAUUGAAUUCAUGCACAUGUAUAUCCAGGAGUCACUGAAGAAAACAGGAAAUGUGGAAAGCUGCAGUUCUGAUGCUUCUCCUAUCAUAACUGCUAAUGAUGAAGGAACUUAACUCACUGCCUGCAUCUGUCAGCCAAGCUUUCCAUGACUCACUGCUAACCUGCACAAAGCUGGGAGAGCUGGGUUAGGAGAGUGCCAGAGGCAAGGAAGCAUCUACAGCUCCCUCUUAGUUUUGCUUUUCCAAGGCAAAAUGAGAGUUGUGGUGGCACUGCGAGAGACCACUCUCAGAGAACAUUUUUUUGUGAAAAAAUCCAUUCCACGUUUUCAUUUAUAACUAAGAGAAUCAGAAGUUAUACCAAACUACAGCGGAAGGGGACGCAGCGGACGGGGAGCAGAAGUGAAUUCCAGAUGAACAAGUGCUCUCCUGCCGUGCUGCGCCGACCGCAGCGCCUGCAACCGCUGGGCCUCCCCUUCCCUACGGCACUGCGGGGGCUGCUGUGCAAGGCUGUCGCGGGCAGGGCUGCAGGGCUGCCUGCACACUCACCGGCUUUGGCUUCUCUCUGGAAUUACAUUUUUUCAAAUGUUUUUGUAGUUGGUCUUCAUACACGGU